UCAUCAUAACUCACGAUGGUGAUCAAAUGUCUUCUCUCCUCUAGGCAGGUGGUAAAGGUACUAUCUGGUGCACAGGUUGAGAGUGUCAGUGAUAGGAGCCAUCAGAACAAGGGCAGGAACGUGACCUCCGAGGUGAUCCUGAUGCAGUUCCUGUUCCAGAUGCUGACUUUCAUGAUCUACAUCGUGAGCACUGUGUUCUGUGGGCACCUGGGCAAGGUGGAGCUGGCAUCGGUGACCCUUGCGGUGGCCUUUGUCAAUGUCUGCGGAGUUUCUGUAGGAGUUGGUUUGUCUUCGGCAUGUGACACCUUGAUGUCUCAGAGCUUCGGCAGCCCGAACAAGAAGCACGUGGGCGUGAUCCUGCAGCGGGGCGCGCUGGUCCUGCUCCUCUGCUGCCUCCCUUGCUGGGCGCUCUUCCUCAACACCGGGCACAUCCUGCUGCUCUUCAGGCAGGACCCGGACGUGUCCAGGUUGACCGAGGACUAUGUCAUGAUUUUCAUUCCAGGACUUCCGGUGAUUUUUCUUUACAAUCUGCUGGCAAAAUAUUUGCAAAAUCAGAAGAUCACCUGGCCCCAAGUCCUCAGUGGUGUGGUGGGCAACUGUGUCAACGGUGUGGCCAACUAUGUCCUGGUUUCCGUGCUGAACCUGGGGAUCAGGGGCUCUGCCUAUGCCAACAUCAUCUCCCAGUUCGCGCAGACCGUCUUCCUCCUUCUCUAUAUUGUGCUGAAGAAGCUGCACCUGGAGACGUGGGCAGGUUGGUCCAGCCAGUGCCUGCAGGACUGGGGCCCCUUCUUCUCCCUGGCUGUCCCCAGCAUGCUCAUGAUCUGUGUUGAGUGGUGGGCCUAUGAGAUCGGGAGCUUCCUCAUGGGGCUGCUCAGCGUGGUGGAUCUCUCCGCCCAGGCUGUCAUCUACGAGGUGGCCACUGUGUCCUACAUGAUUCCCUUGGGGCUCAGCAUCGGGGUCUGUGUCCGAGUGGGGAUGGCUCUGGGGGCUGCGGACACUGUGCAGGCCAAGCGCUCGGCCGUCUCGGGCGUGCUCUGCAUAGUUGGCAUUUCCGUGCUCCUGGGCACCGUGAUAAGCAUCCUGAAAAAUCAGCUGGGGCGUAUUUUUACCAGUGAUGAAGAUGUCAUUGCCCUGGUGAGCCAGGUCUUGCCGGUUUAUAGCGUCUUUCACGUGUUUGAGGCCGUCUGUUGUGUCUAUGGCGGAGUCCUAAGAGGAACUGGGAAGCAGGCCUUUGGUGCCGCUGUGAAUGCCAUCACCUACUACAUCAUCGGCCUACCACUGGGCAUCCUUCUGACCUUUCUGGUCAGAAUGAGAAUCAUGGGCCUCUGGCUGGGCAUGCUGGCCUGUGUCUUCCUGGCAACUGCUGCCUUUGUUGCCUAUACUGCCCGGCUGGACUGGAAGCUUGCCGCAGAGGAGGCGAAGAAACACUCAGGCCAGCAGCAGCAGCAGCAGAGAGCAGAGAGCACUGCACCCAGACCUGGGCCUGAGAAAGCAGUCCUAUCUUCAGUGGCUACAGGGAGUUCCCCUGGCAUUACCCUGACAACGUAUUCAAGGUCUGAUUGCCACGUGGACCUCUUCAGGACUCCAGAGGAGGCCCACACCCUUUCAGCUCCUGCCAGCAGACUGUCAGUGAAACAGCUGGUCAUCCGCCGUGGGGCUGCCCUGGGGGCGGCGUCAGCCACACUGCUGGUGGGGCUCGCGGUCAGGAUCCUAGCCACCAGGCACUAGCAAAGCAGCUUGGAAACAGAAAGCCAGGACUGGCUGUCCCCGGUACCCAAACACACCACGGUCUGCCCUGCAAAAGCACCAAUGGGGUCCAGUGCAGGAGGACACUUUGAACGACUCCUCAAAAAAACGACUUUGGCGGUGACACUCAGAGGAGUCUGAACAGAGCACACUUCACUAUUCUGUUCUGGUCAAGCUGGAGUUUUCUUCUCUGGCCUGGAUUGCUCCACAGAAGACAUCAGCCAACUGCACGAGUCAGAGUCCAGGGACUGCCACUAUUAUUAAUAAUGUAAAUGGCUUCAAAUGGGAGACUACAGAUACAAUCACCAAAACCACUGUUACAUUAAUAAUAGAUGACACAUUUCCUAGGCACAGCCUGCUGCUCAAGUCUGUCAUAAAGCCUCUGUGAAGCUCUGAGAACGGGGCCAGUGGGUUCUGUCCAGGCAACUCCUGUGUGCCCCCAGCAGAUACAGGUGAUACAGAUAAACCAGCUGAUACAGGUGCUGUGAGACCCUGACCAGGGCGGUGGCUGUCCAUAUACCCUUCUUCCCCUUUUCUCCAGUUCUUUCAUUCCAUCAGUGUUUUCAUUUAUCACAGACAUUAAGAAACACUUGUUCUUACUGUACUUUUUCUUCUAGUAGUGACGUGAUAUAAAUAAGGGCAGAAAACAAGUAGGAACAGAGCACAGCAAAGUCAUCAUGGAAGCAAUUCCAGACUCUAAGGCACUGUUUGCCCAAGUGUGGUUCACGGUUAACAGGGGUUAAGGUAAACGGCUCCACGGUCAAGGAAGUCUGGGAACUGCACACACUAGCACUUCAGAGGUUCCGAAGGACCUGUGUCCUUUAGUUUGCUGACGUGCUUUACAAGCCAGUGGUAUACAGGACCUGCGGCAGGAUCAUUUUUGUGUGUAAAAUCUUGCGGGAUUAGUGUUCUACAAAUAUGCUUACAGAAACACUUGUUCUAGAUCAGCAACUGGGGGUAAGAGGACACCAUUGGAAAAAUCUAUUUACUACAGCUACUAACCACCACCCCCAACACACACAGCAGAACCAUGAAGUUUGAGAAAAUCUUCUCGGCUAAGAAUUUUAAAAUGAGAAAGCAUGACAAAAAAAGUUGACAAACACCAUCUAUGAUAAAGACAUAAAAAGAUUUAUAGUUGGGGAGAAUUUAUAACCCAAGGAUUAUCUCCAAUAGGGAACAUCUGAGGUUCCACACCAGGAACGUCAUUAAAAUUGAUGCCAAUUUUAUGAAAGAUGUUCAUUUUGAAGCAGAUAUAUAUUAGUAGACAAGCCAGUAAUGUAAACAUACUCAAUGAAAAUUCCAUAAUGCGAUUUUAUCUAAGGUAUUUUAUGAUUACUCUCUUAGAGCCAGUUUUAAGCAGCUUUUUCCUAAACUGGGCUAGUUAUUAAUUCUCGACACUUCAUACUAUGAUGAAGACAUCACAUACUUUAGACAGCCUUAAUAGAACAAAUUAUUCAACAAAGUUGAUUAUACAUUCUAUAAAGUAAAUUACAUUCUCUCAUUGAGUGAGCUGAGUCUUUUUGAGUGUGGGGACGGAGUCUCUGCAGUCAGGAGCUCCAAGGCAUAGCACUGCCUGCCCUGCCCUGUCCAGCAGGUAACGCUGCGUUCGACAGGCCUCUUCUUCAGCCUUGCCCACUCAGCUGAGUACCUCAGGCUGUGGCCAUGGACGACUGAUGAGAGUAACUUCUCACUUGCUCAGGGGAUCCUUUUGCCAUCCAUCCCCUUCAGUAUGACCAAUUGCAGUGGCUUACUCACUUCGUGUCAAGACCAUCCACCAACUGUCUGCCCCAUGAAG